GGGCCUCGGGUCGCGCGGCCGCUGGCGGGCGGGCCUCUCGGGGCCGGGCUGACUCACGUGACCCUUGCGGGCCUUGGAGCGGCGGGCCGCCCAACGGAGGCGGUGACGGCGGUGGCGACCGCAGCCCGGGAGGUAGCGGCCUGGGGAGGGACCGCCGGCCGCCCUUUCGGACAUUCUCGGUGGAGGCGAAACAUGGCGGAGGCCUCGGCGGCGGGGGCGGACGCUGGUUCCGCUGUCUCCGCGCACCGUUUCUUCUGCCACUUUUGUAAGGGCGAGGUCAAUCCCAAACUACCGGAAUAUAUAUGUCCCAGAUGUGAAUCAGGCUUUAUUGAGGAAGUGACAGAUGAUUCCAGUUUUUUAGGUGGUGUUGGAAGCCGGACAGACAAUAGCACAGCAACACAUUUUGCCGAGCUUUGGGACCAUCUGGAUCACACAAUGUUUUUACAAGAUUUUAGACCAUUUCUAAGUAGCAAUCCACUGGACCAAGAUAAUAGAGCCAAUGAGAGAGGUCACCAAACUCACACUGACUUUUGGGGACCAAGUCGGCCUCCAAGGUUGCCAAUGACAAGAAGAUACAGGUCUCGGGGAAGUACCCGUCCCGACAGGUCACCAGCUAUUGAAGGAAUAAUACAACAGAUCUUUGCAGGAUUUUUUGCAAAUUCUGCCAUGCCUGGAUACCCACACCCCUUUUCUUGGAGCGGGAUGCUGCACUCCAACCCUGGGGACUAUGCCUGGGGUCAGACAGGGCUUGAUGCCAUUGUAACUCAGCUUCUGGGACAGCUGGAAAACACAGGUCCCCCUCCAGCUGACAAGGAGAAGAUCACGUCUCUCCCAACAGUGACAGUAACUCAGGAACAAGUCAAUACGGGUUUAGAAUGUCCAGUGUGCAAGGAGGAUUACACAGUUGAGGAGAAAGUCCGGCAGUUACCCUGCAACCACUUCUUCCACAGCAGCUGCAUCGUGCCAUGGCUAGAACUGCAUGACACAUGCCCAGUAUGUAGGAAGAGCUUAAAUGGUGAGGACUCUACUCGGCAAACCCAGAGCUCUGAGGCCUCUGCAAGCAACAGAUUUAGCAAUGACAGCCAGCUACAAGACCGAUGGACUUUCUGAAACUAAAGACCAUACCUGAACCAGGGCUGCCUGUGUUAGUCCUGCUAUCAUAGCUGUAAAUUGUAUCAAAACUAAAUAGUCGAUGGAUUUAGGAAUCAUGUAAGAAACCCCAACCCAUAAUAUUAAUGCAGUGAGUGUAUUUCUUCUCUAAAUUUAAAGUUAGGACUUACAGAUGGAAUUGUAUCAACAACCAAAUGCCGCUUGUUCCUGAAUUGAGUGAUAGUUUUAUAAGUGUGAAGCUUAAUUAUGUCAGUUUGCUCCUGCCUGAAUAGAAUCAAUUCUUUAAAGUCUAGGUAGGGUUCUACUGUCAUGUUGUCUUGUAAUGGAUGUCUCUACCUCCUCCUCCAAUCUCUAUCCUACCAUUAGUGGAUUUCACUGAAAAUACAGAGAAGCCAGAGCCCUAAGGUCCUGUUAUGUAAAGUCUUUUUUUCUUAAUUGUACAGGAGUACAAGUUCCUACUCUUGGCCCCAUUAGCAAGGUAAGACUAGUUCAUGAGUCUAAGACUCUGAUGCUGUUUUGUCUUGAUCAUCAGAGAGCAAGUCAAGUGGGAAGGAAAAAUGGCGUAUCACUCUACACCUUGAUUUUCUUCUUCUUCUUAUUAUUAUUAUUAGCUCGGUUUCCCUAAAAAAACAUCAUGGCAUGUCUUACUUAGUCUUGGGUUGGUAGAAAUCUGAUUUUGGUUCCUCUGUGCCAUUAAAUUGAACAGCAUAUAGAUGGGGAAGACAGGUGCGGGAGGUUUUUACUACUGAGAUGUUUCUAAUGACCCUCAACUCACUGUUUAUUGUCUUUCAUACUAGGAACCUUAUAAUAAUUUUCUUCAAAAAUACAAUAAAUUCCUUCAUAAAAAAUAGGAUUAUUUUAUUACUGCUUGUAUACCAGUACACAGUUUUGGUAAUUCAUUGUUAUUUAGGAAUUAAAAUUGUAUGUUGUCUUUGUUUUAGUUUGUAAAGCCCAUUUUUCAUGUCUGAACCUUUUCCUGUUUUGUUCAGUUGUAGCUAUACUUGGAAUCAAUCUGAUCAAUGUAAUCAUGCCCAAAACAACUUAGUUUGGGAAAGGUCGACUGAGUUUUAAAUUCUAGCAAUACACAUACACAUACUCUGUAUGUGUUUCAAAUGGAAUAAAGGAGACUGUGGAGCAUGUCACUGAGCUUCAGCGUCUCCAAGGACACGGUGGGGACAUGAAUCAGCUGCUGGUGCACCAGAAAGGGCCUGGAGGUCUGCAGUAGCUCCAUUUAUAGGGUGACAUCAGCGUUUCAUACUUCAGAAUAAUGAGAACAAGAUCACUAUAGUCUGGUGAGGAGUCCUUCCCCAGUUUUUGAUAACUCACAGUCUGAAUUGGGGGUGUGUGGGGUUAAAGAUGCUUUUGUACUUUGUUAGAGGAUGAAGACGUUGGGGAGGAGAAAGAAAGAGAUGGGGGAGUGGCUGCUGAACUAAUAGCCUGCCCCUAAAGCUUGUGGUCAGAGGCAUGGUUCAGACCUGUGACAUAGCUCCUGUAGUCCCAGCUAUUUGGGAGGCUGAUGCAGGAUCAUCACAAUUUAAAAGGUUUACCUGGGCUUCAUAGUAUGUUCAAGGCCAGCCUAGACCACUUAGUGAGACUCCAUUUUAAAAUAAAAAAAAAAAAAAGAGGACAGGGAUAUUGCUUAAUGUAGAGCACUUGCUUUGUAUGUAUAAGGACCUAAGUUCAGUCCUCAAUACUCCCAAAAUGUGUGCUCAUGUGUAUGUGCACACACACAUGUAUGCACACAAUUUAAAUAGUUUAAAGAAAAUGAAAAAUGUUUUCUUAUAUCUUCUUAUGCUAUGUCUUCAUAGGGGGUGUUUAUUCAGAGGGCGUGAUCUGUUUAUUGUGGUUAGACUAUAAAAAUAUAAUCUGAAAGUACACAAAGGCUUUGAGUCUGGAGGAGAAUUCUGUUACGCUUAUUUGAUCACUCACCUGAAUUAACCUGUACUGAAGUUGUAGUUUUUGAGUAAAAUAUUAUCAGUUAUCUCAGAAAAGAUUUUGAUAGCUCAGAAGAGUCCAGCUAUUCACUGUGUUCAGAGAUGUCAAGACAGACAGUUGUGUUUUCAGUUAUAGUUGAAGAACUAGAACUAGAAAUUAAUUUUACACAAUAUGGAAACAAAGAUCAGAGAUCUCCCUCUGAUGCACAGUGUAACAUAUAGACCACAUUACUUUAACUUUCUAUAGUUUCUAAGAGGACAUGAGGCUGUUUUGCUGUUUCCCAGACUUGACCUACUCAAAUUUUAGUGUUCUGUAAUAGGCACCUCAGACUUCCAAGUUAGUUUAUGCUAAGGAAUUGGCAUACUUCAGACAGACAGAACCAAUCAGAUCAUACAGAAAGAGACCUGUCAUGAGACAUUGGCCUGUGCAGUGAUAGCUAAGCAGUCCCAAGCUCUUCCAUGAGCCAGUGUGAAAUCUAGGAGAGCACCGAGUAUAGUUCUAGUCCCAAGGGGAGCUGAUGGUUUAGUUCCAACCCAGCAGGCAGGAGAGACAGGUAUCCCAUCUUAGACAUUUGGGUAGAAGGAGUUAAAGCACCCCCUGACUUGAGAGAGAAUAGCCUUUUUGUUCAAUUCAUGCCCUCAUUUGUUUGGGCUGCAGAGUAAUAUUGCUGCUUUUCAGCCAACUGAAAGUGUUAAUUUCAUUUAAAAACACCUUCACAUAAGCCCUAUGAAUAAUGUUUGAGUAUCUGAGCCUCCUGCAAGCUAUUCAAAUUGCUACAUAAACUUGGCCAUCACAAGGAGGGAACAUAAUGAUCCAUGACGUGAUUUCCAUGCCACGUGAGCAAAACUUAACUUCUGGUAAAUAAGUAUCUAGGUGGGCCUAGAGACUGCAGUGGGAUGGCAUAUGGUAUGUGCUUAACUUCUCUUCACCUUGGCACAGUUAAACCUGGACGUAAGAGAUGUUGGUUGCCCAUUGUGGGAGAGAAUGGAAGAAACAUUUUUAUAUUCUUUGGUCUAAUACCAGAAGUGAGCUUAUUUUCAUAAUGCUUUACCCUUAAAUUUGAAACAGUUUAGAUGCAGUGCCUGAGUCAGAAGGCUAGUAGUAUCAUAGUUUCAUGUCUGUUGCUGUGAUGGCAAAGACAAACAAACAAACAAACAACUUAGCAGAGGAAAGGUUUAUUUGCCUUGUAAAUUCCAGGUUGCAGUCAUGGUUGUAGGGAAGUCAGGGCAGGACCUUGAAGCUGACAGUCACAUGCUUAGCUGAGCAGAGAGAAGAUGUAAUAAGCAUACAUGCCUACCUGCCCAGUUCACUCCACCACACUUCGUUCGUCCUUAGAGUUCAGUGCCCAGUCCACAGGCCAACUUAAUCUAGGCAAUCCCUCAAUGAAAUUCUCUUCUCAGAUGAUUCUUGGCUAUGAAAAGUUGACGGCUCAGAGUGAAGCAUCACAAGAACUUUAUAUUAAUAUUAAUGCCCUACCCUAUGUGGGCAGAGCUAAGGAGAUUUUCCUACUCCAAUUUUGCUUGCUCUAUAUGGAUAGAAAUAACUGCUUCUGUAUUUGUAUAGAUAUAGCUAUUGUUACCUGCUACUCUGAAACAGUUAUUUGUGCAUUCAGAGCACCAUAGAUUUGAGAGCAGAGAACCUAGGCUAGAGCCUUGCUGCUUUCCUAGGGACUAAUUGCCCUUCAUAUUUUUCAGACAGCAUAGUCAAAUCCAUUUUCAUAUUGAUUAGUGUUUUAGUUCCUUUUCUAUUGCCUUGAUAAAAUACCAUGACCAAGGCAACAUAUAAAAGAAAGCAUUUAAUUUGGAGCUCAUGGUUCCAGAGAGUUAGAGUCCAUCAUGGUGGGGGUCAUGACAGCAAGGAGCAGAUACAGCACUGGAGCAGCAGCUGAAAGCUUAUAUUCUUAUUCACAACUAGGAGGCAGAGAGAGAGAGCUAUCUGGGAAUGGCUGGCCUUUUGAAACUUGAAAGCUCAUCGCUAGUGACACUCCUUCAACAAGACACUCCUUCCUGAAAGUUCCACCAACUAAGGACUGAGCAUUCAAACUUAGGAGCCUGUGGGAGGAUGGGGGUGUUCUCAUUCAAAACACUCAUUCAAAAAAACAUUUGGCAGAUGGAAUUGGGAAGAAGCCGACACAUAGCCUAUCUUCCACAUCUUUAUAAGGGCUGAGUUGCUGAAAGGAAGGAAAAGAAAUGAUAUGCUAUUUACAGUUAAAUUUUCCCAGAGUUCCUAUUUCAGAUUCUUUGAAAUGUUGAGAGACGUGAAGACUCCAGGAUUAUGUUCCUCUGAUGCUAUCUGUAACUCUUUGACCAUUUGUAGUGGGUUGGCCUGAUGCUGUUUGUAUUCUUAUGUUAAUACUGGUUUCUCAAGAAGGGUUGCCUCCUUCACAUACCCAGGUGAUGCUAUGUGAGCCUUCUCUCCAUUUUAACUGUCAAUAAAAGGCUAGAGCCUGUGAUUGGGCAGUGGAAGGGAAAGGUGGGACUGGAGGCUCUAUAAGGGAAGGCAUGUAGAGAGGGAAGAAGAGGAGGAGAUGCUGAGAUAUACCAAAACUGCAUGGCCGACCGGAAAAACUGCAAGUAGCAAGGGGUCUUAUAGCUGGGGAAUAAGUUAGUGUAGUACUAGAUCUGCCCAAUCUAGGCUUAUAGCUUAUAAUUAAAA